UAAAUGUGGUCGAUGGACUCGUCUCGCUCAUUUGGACUGGCUGGUACGACCGAUAGAGAGAGAUGGUCCUCUGUAUUUGCUUUGAUCUUCUUUCUGUCUCCAAGCUUUCACUUUCCUUUGUAUGGGACUGAGAGAAAUAUUUUCACACGUUUUCUUUCUCUCCUACGAAGUUUACACGCGUUUUUCUCAUGUAUUGUUUCUUGAAAAGUUUCGACUCAACGAUUGGUUGCAGAGAUGAUACUUCUCGAUAGCAACAUGAUGAUAAAGAUCUGAUGGGUACCUCAGUUUUCAUCUGCUUGGUCUGAUAUAGUUCUCUGUGGUGAUUUUUUAUUGUCGGUUUGAGCUGUUAUAGCGUUCUUUGAAUGUUAACUUGGCUUAUUGGUUGGAUGGUUUUGUUUGUGGAGGUUGAGUGGUGCUGUAUCUUCCUGAGAUUCUUAUUGGUUUUUCCCCAAUUGGGCUCGGAAAUUCUGAUUUCAUGGUAGCAGUGGAGGGGACUGUUUGAAUUGUUCCUUCAUGAUUGAAUCUGUGAAAAUUGGACAGUUAUUGAUGUUAGUUUUGUUAGAUCUUUUAGUUUUAAGUAUAUGUGUGGGUUUUUUGGGUUGGAAACACUGGCCUGUUAUCCUAACUGUUGGGAGUAAGAAUUGGUGAUUUUGAGACAGUUCGAGUUGGGUUUCAAUUACAGAAAUAGGGAUUUAAAGAAAGUUGGGCUGGUUUGAUUUGGAUUUUCAUUCUGGUUCGGGAUUUAUGCCAUGGCUCUGAAGCCAAAAGCAGCUGGAAGUCUGUUAUAUACAGAUAAUUUAAAAGGGUUUAUCCUUGCUGUUGUCUCCAGCGCAUUCAUUGGAGCAAGUUUCAUAAUAAAGAAGAAAGGCUUGAAGCGAGCAGGGGCCUCAGGUCCUCGCGCAAGUACUGGAGGGUAUGGGUAUUUGUUAGAGCCUCUUUGGUGGGCAGGAAUGGUGACCAUGAUAGUAGGGGAGAUUGCAAAUUUCGUGGCUUAUAUUUUUGCUCCGGCUGUUCUUGUUACACCCCUUGGUGCAUUGAGUAUUAUUGUCAGUGCUAUUUUGGCGCACUUCUUAUUGAAAGAGAGACUUCAAAAGAUGGGAAUUUUGGGUUGCAUCAUGUGCAUAGUUGGUUCGACGGUGAUUGUGCUUCAUGCACCUCAGGAAAGUUCUCCGAGUUCCAUUGAAGAGAUUUGGGAUCUUGCAACCCAACCUGCGUUUCUCUUAUAUACGGCAUCUGCUGUUGCUACUGUACUGGUAUUGAUGCUGCAUUGUGCCCCUCGCUACGGACAGACAAACAUAAUGGUUUACUUGGGCAUCUGUUCUAUUGUUGGCUCCUUGACGGUGAUGAGUAUAAAAGCCAUAGGGAUUGCCAUAAAACUCUCACUGGAGGGUACGAGUCAGGCUGGUUAUCCUCAAACAUGGUUCUUUGUAAUGGUGGCGAUCACCUGUGUCAUUACUCAGUUGAAUUAUCUAAACAAGGCACUGGAUACGUUUAAUACAGCAGUUGUUUCGCCUAUUUAUUAUGCCAUGUUUACAUCUCUUACGAUACUUGCAAGUGCCAUUAUGUUUAAGGAUUGGUCUGGUCAGAAGGCUAGUAAUAUUGCUUCAGAGAUCUGUGGGUUUAUCACGGUGCUGUGCGGUACAACUGUCUUGCAUUCUACAAAAGAGCCUGAACCACGCCCCAUUGCAACAGAUUUAUAUUCCCCACUUUCCUCUUCCAUAAUGUGGCAUAUCCAUCAAGGCAAUGGAGAUGUUAAACAGAAGGAUGAAGAUGCAUUAUCUGCUAAUAUAAUUACUAUUCUCCGGCAGGAUCACUUCAUGUAGAUAAUACAGUUGUCCUGCAUAUCUUCAUUUUCUAAGAACAUGAUACCCAAAGGUCAGAUAUGAUGAGAAUCAUUAAAUGGGAGUUUCCUCGGGGUCUUAACAGGGUUUGGAGCACUUGAUCAUUCCCUCAAGUGAUUGAAUGCCACUGCUGAGCUUUUAUAUGAUCUAUUCCAUGGGCCAGAGCAAAGAGUGGAUAUUUUUAUUUGUUAUUUGUUGGUAUUUAUUUACAUGCUAUUCUUUUGUAACGGGUAUAUUGGGUGAAGCUUCACUGUGUACCAGUCCUCCCAAGUCCAUCUGUGAGGCCCCAUGCUUUCCUUUUUGUGUAGAUCAUUUUCAUUUGCGUACUUGAAAGAAGCUUAUGUGCUUGCACCUCAAUAGAUGUGCAUGGUUUCUUUUGACAAGUGUGAGAAUGUUCGAGAGAUUAUUGAAAUGAACUUACUUUCAAGGCAGAGAAUUUCAAUGAGUUGCACU